GGCAUCUCCAGUUGUUAGACGGAGCCCUCAGCUCAUCCCGACGCAGUGCUUUCCGCUUCCUCCCCUCCUCCCCUGCCCUGCACCGACCCCACUCACAUCUGACUGAGGCGGUCGUCCGUGACUCUGCGUGCGGCGAGGACGGGAUAUCAGCGGCGGGUUGGAUGGCUGGACGGAUGGAUGGAUGGACGGAUGGAUGUGUCCAUUCCAGCGCGCACUGGGAGAAAGUAAACUAAAUCCGAGGAGGGUCUUGCUCUGUUCGGCACUUUUUCUGGUGGAGUUCUCCCCUUAAUUUGUCCAUCUGUGGAAUUUCUGUUUUUUUUUUUUUUUUUUUUUUUUUAAUUCACAUUUGUGGUGGGAUCGCGCAGCACUCAGUCCUCAGGCUUCGAUCACCUGCUUUAUGUCUGCUGUGGAAAAUACCUGGUGGAAGGUGUACCGCGGGAUCCGGGCUGGGAGGACAGGACUUGCGCGGCUGAACAAACCCAGUUUCUCGACUCCGUGCGUGAUGUGCGUGGAAUGAAGACAGAGGAUGGAUGUAAUCUGGGAGAUACUGAUCAUUCUUCAAGCUAAUUAUAUUGUCUGCACAUCAGCUCAACCAAAUCCACCAAAGAUUCAUGAAGGAUGGUGGGCGUACAAGGAGGUGGUGCAGGGGAGCUUCGUUCCAGUGCCAUCGUUCUGGGGACUCGUAAACUCGGCCUGGAACCUGUGCUCGGUCGGGAAGAGGCAGUCGCCAGUCAACAUUGAGACCAGCCACAUGAUCUUUGACCCCUUCCUCACCUCUAUAAAGCUGAACACGGGCGGACGCAAGGUUGGAGGCACAAUGUACAACACCGGCCGCCACGUCUCCCUGCGACUGGACAAGGAGCACCUGGUGAACAUCUCUGGGGGGCCGAUGACGUACAGCCAUCGCCUGGAGGAGAUCCGACUACACUUCGGCAGUGAGGACAGCCAGGGCUCCGAGCAUCUGCUGAACGGACAGGCCUUCUCCGGAGAGGUUCAGCUGAUUCACUACAAUCAUGAACUGUAUACAAAUUACACAGAAGCCGCCAAAAGCCCCAACGGACUGGUCAUAGUGUCCAUAUUCAUGAAGAUUGCGGAAACAUCAAACUCGUUCCUGAAUCGAAUGCUGAACAGAGACACCAUCACAAGAAUAACAUAUAAAAAUGAUGCAUAUCUUCUAACCGGACUGAACAUAGAGGAAAUUUACCCUGAAACAAGUAGUUUCAUCACAUACGAAGGAUCGAUGACCAUCCCUCCGUGUUUUGAGACGGCCACAUGGAUCCUGAUGAACAAGCCGGUGUACCUCACACGCAUGCAGAUGCACUCCUUGCGGCUGCUGAGCCAGAACCAGCCAUCUCAGAUCUUCCUGAGCAUGAGCGACAACGUUCGCCCGGUUCAGCCGCUGAACAACCGCUGCCUCCGCACCAAUAUCAACUUCAGCGUGCAAGGCAAGGACUGUCCCAACAACAGGGCUCAGAAACUCCAGUACCGAGUGAACGAGUGGCUGCUGAAAUAACCUCCCUUGGAUGAGCAAAGAGAGGAAGAAAAUUUCAAAGAUGGAAAUCGGGACAAGACAAGAAGGAGGAAGAGGCCAGUGGAGGGAGGAGAAGAUGUGAAAGUUGGUCUUCAGGUGGCUUCUCAUCUAAGAUUCUUUCAUGGCAUUGUAUAAAAACAAACACUGGACAUUCUUCUGAUGAAGGAACUUUCAAAGAAACUCUUCUUUUCAUACAUGAGAACAGUUUGAUCCCUCAAUGUACCACAUGCUAACGAGCCCUUUCCCCCCACCGUCCAACGCCAUCUGUAUGGAUUUUUGAUACCAAUACUUUUUUCUUUUAUUUGUUUUUUUUGUGGGAGGGGGAGGAACAAACAAACAAAAAAAACACAUGGAAACAAACAAAAAAUAAAUAAAAAACAGCGUUGCAGCAUUUAUUUGAUGGCCUCCCAACCAAUAGGACAACGUUGGAACUUUAAAACCUUUGUAUAUAAAAAAAGUUUUAGCAUUAGUGGGAAAAUUUGAGGACGAAGUCACUGCCCAGUCCCCCCUAACCACCCACCCACCCAGCCAGCCACCCUGCUGGUUGAAACAGAGCAGCGGGACCCACACAGUCGUUUCAUUUCAGUCACAAAGGGCAUGAAACAGCCACAACGAGCACAGCCUUGCCUUGUCAUCUCCCAAAACUCAUGUCACAGAAGACAAGCAAAUACCGGAGCCUGCAGGCUCCGGUACAGCCGCAGAGCAGCUGGAUCUCGGCCUCGUUUGUACAUAUUAUUAUCAAUAUUGCAGAAAAAUUAAUAUGUAAAGAAAAUAAUGAAAUAACAUUAAAAAGAUAUAUAAAGAUGAUUUAAAAAAAAAAAGAUGAAAGUUAAAAUUUUAAACAGCUUGGUGCACUUUGAAUUCUGAAGCAGUUCUCAGUCUGAGCUGAUGCCUUUGUUUCUGUUUUAUUGUUUACAAUGGUCAUACACUGUGUUUGAGUAAUGUUAUCAGCCCAAUAAAU